AUGGAUUACAGCGACACAGAAGAGCCGUACAGGAGGAGACCGAGGAAAAUGGCUUAUCUUGGAGACUCCUCUCGCAGGCAAUUUGAAUCUCUAAGCGGACGUCCCUAUGCCCUAAUGGGAGACAUGAGUUUUCUGCAAGAGGAAGACAUUUCGUUAGAUGCAACACGGGCUAGAUGGACAAAUGUUCUCAAACGGCAUAGUGACUUAGCAGAGCGUCUUUCUAGGGAUGCUGACAAGACAAUUUAUGAGCGUCUACAAAAAGAAUUUGAAGCUGCACGGGCUUUACAAACUCAAGAGAUUUAUUUGGAUGGUGAACAAUGGAAUGAUGGACUACUAGCUACAAUAAGAGAGCGGGUUCACAUGGAGGUUGACAGAAAGGCAAUGGCGGGAGACGUAAACAUGUUGCCUGGUCCUCAAAUCCAAGAAAAAAUUACUUAUAAAGUCGGAAAUAAGGUGAUUUGUUGUUUGGAAGGGGCUAGAAUUGGCAUUCUGUAUGAGACAUCUUAUGCAGGAGAACCUUGUGACCUGUACCAUUGUGUGCUUGAGAGCAAGUCAUUUCUUGAGAAGAUGACUGUCCUUGAACACACCAUUCCAUAUUUUUUGCCAUUACGAGAAGCAGAAAAUGAUCUUCUUUCUUCUAAUGCUAUGAAAUUUAUAGAUUACAUUGGAGAGCUUUUGCAGUCUUACGUGGAUAGAAGGGAACAGGUUCGGCUUGCCAAGGAGUUAUAUGGGAACCAGAUUAAAGAAAUUUAUUAUACCCUUCCCUACAACUUAAUUGCCUUUUCACUAGUUGAUUUUGAUUGCAAGGUAAUAGUUAAGCUUAAAUAUUCGGAGCUUGUUUCCGUACUUCCAACUCAUGUCAGUGUGGUAGCAUGGCCAGUGCAUCAAUACAGGAAAACAAGUCUAAAUGCAUCAACCAUGAACAAAAAGGAAAACGGAUCCUUGGAAGGUCCAACUACCCUCUCCUAUGCAGAGGAUGCCUUGCAAAAUAUGAGCUUACCUGAAGCAUAUGCAGAGAUUGUGUUGAAUUUGCCACAAGCUCUUCGGGAUAUAUGUGAGGGGUCCUCUUAA